CUCAUAUGUUUAUGUUUGUGUAAUUAAAUUCUAAUUAAUUCGAGAUGAAAAGACUUUAUAGCUGAACUGCAAUAUUAUACUAGUAGUCAUAAUUCCUAGCAUAUCAUGCUUUCAAGGAUUUAUAGGAGACAACUUCCAACACUCUUGCACUGCAGAAGGAACUUCCUGUCUGUAGCAAGAAUUUUCCAACAACAAGAAGAAACUGAAUCAGUACCAUGGUUUUUACGUGAAAAAGUUUCAUCACCACUUCUGGAGAAAGAAGAUAUUAAGUUACCUGUAGUUCCAGAAGAUGCACCACCAUUUAUAAAUGAUAUAAUUAAACUUAUAGGAGAAGAGUAUGGACUUGAAGAUCUUGAAUUAUUUGAUUUAAGAUUUUUACCUGAAGAUCAUCAAUAUAGUUCAAAAAAUCAACCUCAUUCAUUCAUUCUUAUAGGAACUGGGAAAUCAGAAAAGCAUUUAUUUAAAGCUGCCUCUGAAUUAAGAUUAUUUAUAAAGCAAACAUAUAACAUUUUACCUCGACUUGAAGGUGUUGUUUCUUCAGGAAUAAGUCCUGUUGCUAGAAGAAGAUUACUUCGAAGAGGUAGUAAAGGUCCUCCAUCUACUGAUAAUAUUUAUGGUGUAGCACCUAAUAGUUGGGUAGUUUGUGAUCCUAAGAAAGGUGAAAUAAUAAUACAUAUGUUGACAAAAGAGAGAAGAAAUGAAUUAGAACUUGAAACUCUUUGGUGUGAAGAGAAGGAUAUGCAUAAAUAUGAAAGAAAAGUUGAAUCUGAUGAUAUAGGUGAUGAUAUUUUCAUUGGUAUAAAUCGUCUGAAUACAUUUUCAAAUCAAAGACGUGAAUUUUCUACCACAACUAGACUAUUGAAUUUAAGAAAAACAGUUGAUAAUUUUAAAAAUAGUGAUAAAUCAAAAGUUUCUGUGGAAGAUUUUAAAACUGAAUUCGAUAAUAAAUUUCAAACCAAUAAAGAUCAUCAAAUGAGAAUUGAAUUUUAUAAACAACUACACAUUUUAAAUCCAAAUUAUAUUCCUUUAAGUAAAGUAACAGAAGCCAUCUAUGAUAAACAUCUGAACUUAAAUUUUCAAAUUGAUCGAGAAAAGGAAAUCACUCAAGAUAUAAUAUAUUUUAUGAAUUUAUUAAUGGAUUCUCCUGAAGCAAAGGAAUUGCUGACUGAUUUGAUCUUUAAUGAAUUAUCUCAAUUCAUUGCUAAUAUUACCCGAUUUUCAUCUAAUUAUAAUGUUUUAUCUCAAAAGGGAUUCUUAGUUUUAUUAUGGCGAUUAUCUAUAAAGCAAGAAAAAGACUUUAUAGGACCAAAAAUUAUAGAUGAUAUAUUAGUUGGAAAUAAGAAAAUUUCCGAAUUAUCAUUUAAUUUAAAAGUUGAACAACCUGGUAAUAGAGCAAGAGAUGUAAUGUUUUUAAUAAAUAAAUUUUAUAAGGGAGUUAUACCUCAUCUGUUUAAAGAAUUAAUAUUAUUUACUUAUGGUAAUACAUCUAAAUGGGAUAAAUUUUGGGAAGAAUGGGAUUCAUCAUUUGGAUUUUUAAAUACUAAUCAAGAUACAAAUUCAAUUAAUAAAUGGAUUCGAUUAGUAACUUAUUUAGCCAUUAGAAAUGAUAAAACUUCUAUGAUAGAUUUUCUAUAUAAAUAUUGGAAUAAUUCUUCAUCUCCCGUUGAAUCCUUUAUAGAAAGUUAUAUAACACAAGGAUCUAAAUUUUCUUCAGAACAAGAAAAAUUAGUAUUCCAAUCCGCUUUACGUCAUAUCUUAACUCAAGUAGAUAGUGAGGCUCAAAACUUUUCUCAUGUUCAUAGCUUUGUAAAUAAUUUAAAUUAGGCGUGUACGCGUAUAAUGUAUAUAUAUUUUUUUUAAUUUUUAAUUUUUAAUU